GUUCUGGUCAGCAGAAUCAGACAAUAAACAACUAAGCUGAACUGAACUGGACGUCUCUCUGAUAAAACCUGAUGAACAUCACCUGAACCAUAAUGUUGGUGCCGGUGUUUUUAUUUUCCUGUCUGCUUUCUCUAACACCAGUGGCCACUGAAGUGGGUCUCAGUGGUAAAGUGCUUCUGUUUCCAACCCAGACUGACUCCAGCUACGUUAAACUCAUUCCCGAAAAGCCACUGAGUCUUUCAGCAUUUACUCUCUGCAUGCGUGUUGCGACGGAGCUCCAGAGCAACAGGGACAUCAUUCUUUUCGCCUACCGCACAGCUGACGCUGAUCAGCUCAACAUGUGGAGAGAGAAAGACGGGCGUUUUUCUUUGUACAUUCUGUCUGAUAGCGAUGCAGUAUUUUUCCAUCUGCCUCCUCUCUCCACCUUUCAAACACACCUGUGCAUCACCUGGGACUCUGCGACUGGUUUCACUGCCUUUUGGGUGAAUGGACGUCGUAGUGUGCUCCAGAUCUAUAGAAAAGGUCACUCUGUUGAACCUGGCGGCACCGUCCUGCUCGGCCAGGAUCCUGACACCUAUGUGGGAGGCUUUGAGGCAAAGCAAAGCUUUGUAGGAGAAAUCACAGAGCUGCACAUGUGGGACUAUGUUCUCUCUGGCAGUCAGAUUAAGGCGGUUUACUCAAACCAGGAUACACAUGUGAAAGGAAACGUGUUCAGUUGGAACACCAUCAUGUAUGAGAUCAUUGGCAGUGUGCUAGAGGCUCAAGAUGACUGAUUGUGAUCAACUGCAAUAUCACAUGCAAUGCAUGUUUGUAAUUUGGGAUUACAAAAUUGAAAGUUAAACAUUUAUACAUGCAUGUGACUUCUGAAAAUCUUACUUUUUCCAUGUUUAAGUGCUAUAAGAGUCCCUGGUGCAUCUGCCAACUCAGAAAACAUGUAAAAGGACAACUGUUUUGGUAAUCCUAUUUCUGCAAGCAGGUUCAGAUGCUCACUGAUGCUCCUGAAGGAAACACACUGCAUUAAGAACCGGGGGGGUGAAAACUUUUGGAAUUUUAAUAUCAGGGUAAAUUUAACUUAUCUUCAAGUUUUCAGGUCUCACAAAUUCUUUGGUUUUCAAGCAUUUUUGUGUAUUUGAACCCUUUCCAGCAAUGACACUAUGAUUUUGAGAUCCAUCUUUUCACACUAAGGACAACUGAGGGACUCAUAUGCAACUAUUACAGAAGGUUCAAACACUCACUGAUGCUCCAGAAGGAAAAACAAUGCAUUAAGAGCCGGGGGGUGAAAACUUUUGGAAUUUGAAGAUCAGCGUAAAUUUUACUUUUUUUUUUUUUUUGUCUUCUGGGAAACAUGUAAGUAUCUUCUGUAGCUUCUGAAGGGUAGUACUAAAUGAAAAAAAAUAUGAUAUUUAGGCAAAAUACAUUUAUUCUGUUCAAAAGUUUUAGUUGCAUAUGAGUCCCUCAGUUGUACACAGUGUGAAAAGAUGGAUCUCAAAAAAGGACAAACAACGGACUCAUAAACAGCUAAUCACUAAAAAAAAACAGCUCUGGAUCAUUCAGGUAACAACACAGUAUUAAGAAUCUGUUGUAUGUAAACUUUUGAAUGGGUUAAUUUUUAUGAACUCAACUAUUAUUUUUUCUUGUGGACUAUAUGUAAACAUUUUUUAUGUGAAAUCUCUUGUUCAGGUCAGCACUAAUUAAACAAUAACAUGCAUUUUGUAUGAUCCCUCUUAUUUUUAAUUUGUGGAACAUUAACAUGAAA